GCACUCUAAAGACAAGACUGGGAUCCCCGAAGGGCUGGUUCAUAUUAAAUCCAGAGUACCGAAGGACCUGAACGCCUGGACUGUUAGACGUCAGAUAGCUGGCCAUGGUGUUGGCCAUGGCAUCUCAGGAUGCUCAGAACUUCUUCCAGCCUCUGUCUUCCUGGAUAUCUCGGGCAUACGAAGCUCUCCAGCAAGCAGGAGGUGUGUUAUCUGCCUCGCUGGUUAACGUAAGCAGACAAGACUCUACAUUGAGUGACAAGCUAGACCAGGACUUAGAUGAUAUUCAGAUUCAGGAAACUUACUUUGAAGAUGAAGAACCAAGCAAUGAUCAGAGUCAAGAGGACACACAUUCCUUGUUUCUUGAAGUGGAUCACUUCUCCUGUUGUAAUAGUGAUUUGCAGGACUCUGCUCAAAGUUCAAGCCCUAGACUUAGCCAACAUGCAAAGGACUCACAGUCCGUAGUGCCCCAGUGGCCCAAUCAGACCCUUGAUGACCCAAAGCCACCUCAUGUGCUUUCUUCUAUUGCUGAGGAAGAAUAUCAACUUGAAAAGCAAAGAAGUGGCCUUCAACGUGGCUUUGAGAGCCAGCUCUCUGGUAUUUUAGAAAAUGUUAAUGGAGAAAAGCAAGUGAACAGCUUUGGAGACGAUGAAGAAACAUGCACAUCUUCUGACUCUGACGAGGAGGUGAUCAAACAAUUUGAAAUUUCUGUGUCCCGGUCCCAGAGUUUCCGUUCAGGAGCAUCUGAGAAAGGGAAGCAGACAGGAUCGGAACAGAAACCAAAAUUCCGCCACUUGCUCUCCACCCGCGAAGAGGACGGCACCGAGGUGUCCGCUUGUGAAGACUUGGACGGAGCCAGCCACCUGAAUUAUUCUGAGAGCCUGUCUUACGGUGACGAUGACCCCAUCUCUGCCCACUCGCAGUCCCAUCGUGAGGUGCGAGAUACCAGGCACCAUGGCACAUCCCCCCAAAAGACCAGUGUGGUCCACAGCCUCAGUCGCCAGUCCACUGAGGGCAGCUUGGAGAUGGAGACGGCUUUUAAUAACCGUGGACUUGAAGACUCCUAUGCCACAGACAGCUCCUCCAUGUGGAGUCCAGAGGAGCAGGAUGGGACCAAUUUUCAGGUGCCAUCUGGGGUCCCAGAGCCCAUCUCAAAGUGUGGUGACAUGGAUGUCAUCUUUGAGUAUAGAGCUGCCAGCCAGAAGCUCACAGUGACCAUUGUGAGAGCACAGGGUCUCCCGGAUAAGGACCGGAGUGGCAUCAAUUCCUGGCAAGUUCACGUCGUGCUGCUGCCCAGUAAGAAACAGAGGGGCAGGACAAGCAUACAGAGGGGUCCCAACCCUGUCUUCAAGGAGAAGGUCACCUUCGCCAAACUGGAGCCCAGAGACAUGGCUGCCUGUGCCAUCCGCUUCCGCCUGUACGCUGCCCGCAAGAUGACCCGCGAGAGAAUGAUGGCAGAGAAGCUGUUCUAUCUCAGCCACCUGCGCCCGGAAGGGGAAAUGAAAGUGACCCUAGUUCUGGAGCCAAGAAGUAAUAUCAGUAGUGGAGAGUCUCCGCUCAGCCCAUCUGCCGUUUCGCACAGUGAUAGCGCUUCCUCCACGCAGUCGCUGUCUCAUGGAGGGGCGCCAGAGCUGCUGGUGGGGCUGUCCUACAAUGCGACAACGGGGCGAUUAUCUGUGGAAAUGAUCAAAGGCAGCCAUUUCCGAAACCUGGCUGUUAACAGAGCGCCUGAUACAUACGGAAAGCUCUUUCUCCUCAAUUCUGUGGGUCAAGAAAUGUCACGCUGCAAGACGUCCAUUCGCCGUGGCCAGCCCAAUCCUGUCUAUAAGGAGACCUUUGUCUUCCAGGUGGCCCUCUUUCAGCUCUCUGAUGUGACAUUGAUGAUUUCCGUUUAUAACAGGCGCACUAUGAAGCGCAAAGAGAUGAUUGGUUGGAUUGCGCUGGGCCAAAACAGCAGUGGGGAGGAGGAACAAGACCAUUGGGAGGAAAUGAAAGAGUCCAAAGGCCAGCAGGUCUGCAGAUGGCACACCUUGCUCGAAUCCUAGGUUUGCCAACAAGCAUUUCUAUGCUGCCUCUGCCCUGGUGGCCCUAGUUGUUGACCGCUAACACCUGCUUAGUGUAUGCUGGCAGGCUUUUUAAGACAGACUUUCACAGAGGGAUGGAUUCUACUAACCCCAAGGGCAGUUUAUGUAUCUGUGGGGGUGGGGGAAUCUUUGGGUUUCUCAAAGGUUUGAUUUGGAUUUAAGUAUUGCAAUUUUAAAAAAUCCUACGUAUACGGUGAACACUCUGGAAAAUGCUAUCCUAGUGGUGGGCAGCGAUGAUGAGUUAAUUUGUGUUAAUAGGUUAUUGAGCUUUGGUCCAGGCUAUGGAAUAAAGCUGCUUCUGCUCUCUCUGUUUGCUGGAAGAGUAACCUGAGAUUGCAAGGAAGCUGUUAAAUGUGACUAUGUAGAACCACUUAUGCGUAUGAAUCAGAAUUUUCUUAAUAUGGUGCAAAAAACUCCAAAAUACAGAAAUGAGUCAGACACUGAGGCUCAAAGAAGAAUGUAACUGUCCCCUAUAGUCCCCUAUUUCACCUUUUUCUCUUGAUCAAAAACCCCCUCAUUUAUUUACCUAACAAAUAAAUGUAAAACUUGCACUUAUAAAACAAAUUUGUAUUAAUACCUCUUUUUAGC